AUGGACGCCUCCCCGCUCCGCCCGUGCCGCCCGUGGCCGCGCCGCCCGCCUCGCCGCCCGUGGCCGCGCCGCCCGCCCGCCGCCCGUGGCCGCGCCGCCCGCCCCGCCGCUCGCCUCGCCCGCCGCCCGCCUCGGCGCCUCGUCGCUCCCGCCCCCACCCCCGCACCGGCCGCCCACCCGCACGUCGCCGCCGUCGGCGCGGGCGGCGGCGUGCGGGGCAUCACCUCGUGCCGGCCGUCGGCCCCGCACCGGCCGUCGCUCCCGCCUCCGCCUCGCCGCGGCCGCACCACCCGCACCUCCCCGGAAACGGACGAAGGUGUCCUCCGGUGGUCCUCGUGCCGCCAAGGCCAAGGCGGCCUCCUCCCCGGCGCCGAGGAAGGCCGUGGCCAAGAGGAGGGCAACGGCGAGCUGCCCGCCCCGGCCGCCGUGCCGCCCGCCCCGGAGGUGCCGCCCGCCCCGCCGCCGUGCCGCCCGCCCCGGCCGCCGUGUCCUUCAUGGACAUGCUCAAUGAGGUGGAGGUGGACAUCAACGCUCCACCGCUUGAUCCCUAUAGGGAUGAUGAUUUGGAGGGAGGAGAUGAGGAGGAGGAGGAUGAUGAUGAUGAAGACAUCACAGAGAUACAAGAGGAGGCGUUCACCCGCGUCCGCUCGUCGAACUACACCGACGCGGAAGAUAUACUCUUGGUUCGAGCUUGGGCGUCGGUGGGGUUGGAUGCGGGCACCGUGCAUCGACCAAACCGGUAAACGGUAUUGGCAGCGCAUCGAGGACGCCUACCUUAAGAUGAAGCCGAAGAGGAGUGGGUUCGCCUCGCGCUCAUUCCGGUCGCUUCAAGGCCGGUGGGACUUGAUGAAGCCGGCAUGUGCGCGUUGGAGUGCCGCCAUGGACCAAGUGAUGGAUGCGCCGCCGAGUGGCACCGUGGAGAGUGACUAUGAGAAGAUUGCCGGCUUGAGGUACAAGGAGAUGGCCGGCUCCAAGGGCAAAGAAUUCCCAUUCAAGCAUGUUUGGUCAAUUCUUCAAACAUAUGACAAGUGGAAGUUGAGAGAUGAUGAAACCGCAUCGAAGAAGUCCGCAAUGCUUGACAUGGAUGAUCCGGAAGUUGAGGAGAGGAACUUGAACAAGCCCGAGGGAACCAAGAAGGCCAAGCUUAGGGGUGAAGAUGGAAGGAGAGGCGGCUAG